UAACAGCUUGACAGCACGUGUAGAAAUUGAUGAAGAAGAACAAGAAGAAAAGUCAAAACAACGUCGAUAGCAAAUCACAAACACAUUUUCUUUUUUACUGCCAAGAAAAUAAAUAAAAAUUUUACGAUUUGCAAUUAAAAAUCUAUAUUAAAAAUGUCUAAUUUCAAACCUUUAAAUAUAAAGAAAUAUCCCAAAACUGGUCAAGUUGUGACACCAGACACAGAAUAUUGGAAAAGAUUAAGUGUCCCCACACUGGUAAAGGAGUUUGGUGCCAUUGAUUAUGUCGACUUUAGUCCCAUUGAACCCCAUUACUUUGCCGUUACUUGUUCCGUAAGAGUACAGAUUUACAAUCCUAUUACAAAGUUGGUGGUAAAGAAUUUAUCACGUUUCCAAGAGACUGCCUACGGUGGCACAUUUCGUCAAGAUGGUCGCUUGUUGGUGGCCGGUGAUGAACAAGGUUUGGUAAAAUUAUUCGAUACCUCCAGCAAGAAUGUUUUGCGUUUAUUCAAAGGCCAUAAAGCUCCCGUGCAUCGGGUUAAUUUCACCUCGGACUUGUUGCAUAUCGCUAGUUUCUCCGACGACAAAACGGUCAAGUUGUGGGAUGUUGCUAACGAAAAGGCCAUUCAUACGUUUGCAGAGCACCAGGACUAUGUACGCGCCGGCACAGUAAAUCCAGUUUCAGCAGAUGUUAUUGUUUCGGGCGGUUACGAUGGUAAAAUCAAUUUGUACGACACCAGAACAAAUGAAGUCACCGCGACCGUGGAUCAUGGCAGUCCUGUGGAGUCUCUGCUCUUCUUGCCUACCGGUGGCAUCUUUAUUAGUGCUGGUGGUACGGAAAUACGUGUGUGGGAUGCUUUUGCCGGUUGUCGUUUGCUAACAAAACUUUCUCAGCAUCACAAAACUGUCACUUGUCUACGACUGGGCUCAAAUGGCAAACGUAUACUGUCGGGUGGUUUGGAUCGGCAUGUUAAAAUCUACGAUGUGGCCUCUUAUCAAACUGUGCAUACACUUGAUUUUCCUAACGCCGUCCUUAGUUUGGGUGUAGCACCCAAUGAUCAAACCGUUGUGGCAGGUAUGGUAGAUGGUUUAGUUUCUAUACAAAACAUGGAAGCGCCACGCAACGCCGAAAGAACUAGACGGCCCAGAACUCCCGCUGUGUCCAGUAAAGCACAAAUUGAGGUAGAUCAUCAAAUUAUCCAGGAAGCCAAAAAGAAGCUUGCAAACUAUGACAACCAUUUGAGACAUUAUGAAUACAGCAAAUGUUUGGACUCGGUGAUAAAUUCUUCAGUGUCGUCUAAAACUCCCGAAGUCACAGUGAGUGUAAUGCAGGAACUUAUACACCGUAAAGGCCUGCAUCGCGCAUUGGCCGGACGAGAUGACCAAUCACUCGGUGCCAUCAUUACAUUUAUAUGUCGUCACAUUGGAGAGCAUCGUUUUAUGCGUGUCCUAAUCGAUGUCGGCAUGGCCCUUUUAGAUGUUUACGAAGAUGAAAUUCACCAAUUUUCUGGCAGUGUGGCUCAGAAGUUUUUAAAUCUUUCAUUGGUUUUGCGACGAGAAGUGGCCUUAACUUAUGAUCUUCUAGAGUUGGAGGGUUCUUUGGAUCUGCUAAUGGCCGCUUCAGAUGUUGCGAACAAACAGGAUGAUAUGGUGCAUUUCGUUAAAGACGAUAAUAGCGCUUCAACGCUUAAACAAUCAGUUAUGGCGAAAGAAUCAUCCAUAGUUACUGUGAAGUAGUGUUAAGGUGUAAGAAGGGUAGUGCAGCAGACAUUUGAUAAUUAAAUUUUAUAAACUGUAUUUUAACAAAUUAUAUGUUUUAGUUUUAAGUCUUGUUAAAAUAAAUAAGAAACUUUAAAGAAA